AUGGAUAAAGAUGAUAUGAAAGGUCUUAUUCCACGUAUUGUUGAACAAAUUUUUCAUUGUAUCAUUGCCUCUCCACCAACAACUGAAUACACAGUAAAAGUAUCAUAUAUGGAAAUCUAUAUGGAAAAGAUCCCACAAAAUGAUAAUCUUCCUAUUCACGAGGAAAAAAAUAGAGGUGUAUACGUCAAAGGAUUAUUGGAGGUUUAUGUCAGUUCCAUUGAAGAAGUUUACGAAGUAAUGAAACGUGGUGGUAGUUCUCGUAUUGUUGCUUAUACAAACAUGAAUGCUGAAAGUUCACGGUCACAUUCCAUCUUUGUGAUCACAGUUGGUCAAAAAAAUCUUGCCGAUGGUAGUGUUAAAAGUGGUAAAUUGUCACUUGUAGAUUUAGCUGGUUCUGAAAAGGUCGGAAAAACUGGUGCUUCUGGUCAAACUUUAGAAGAAGCUAAAAAAAUCAAUAAAUCAUUAUCUGCUUUGGGUAUGGUCAUUAACGCUUUAACUGAUGGCAAGUCUACUCACAUUCCAUAUCGUGACAGUAAACUUACUAGAAUUCUUCAAGAAUCUCUUGGUGGUAACUCUCGAACAACUUUGAUUAUCAAUUCUUCACCAUCAUCAUUCAAUGAGGCUGAAUCUUUAAGUACUUUGAGAUUUGGUAUGAGAGUUAAUGCAGAAUUAAGUCCAGCUGAGCUUAAAGCUCUUCUUAAGAAAGCCAAAAACGAAGCAGUCACUUUCCAACAAUAUAUCACAGCUCUCGAGGGUGAAGUUGGAGUUUGGCGUAAAGGUGGUAACGUUCCAAAAGAACAAUGGGCUUCAAUGGAUAAAGUUACAUCUGGUGCGAUUACUACUGCAUCAUCACCAACAAAUCCUUCAGUUGAUGCCAUUAAGAAAGAUGCUGAAGUUACCGAUUCUAGACCUGGUACCCCAGUUCCAAUACUAGAUAAAGACGAGCGUGAAGAAUUUUUGAGAAGAGAAAAUGAACUCACUGAUCAAAUCGCUGAAAAAGAAACUAUAUUGGCUGAUCAAGAAAAAUUGAUUGCUGACAUAAAAGAAGAAUUGAACGAGUUCAAAGAUCAAAUGGCAUCAGAACUCAAUGAACUUAAAUUACAGUUGGAGAAAGUUACAUAUGAUAAUAAAGAAGGUGCUAUUACUGUUGAUAGUUUACGUGAAGCCAAUAUUGAAUUAAAUAAUGAACUAGAAGCACUUAAGAAAUCGCUUAUAGAACUUAGAAUGGCACAAAAAGAAGGCGACAAAGAGCAAAAGAAACAAGAGAAGAUGGCACAAAUGCUUGCUGAGCUUGAUCCAUCUGGAGUUAUCUCGGCCAAGGAGAAACAAAUUCGUGACACAUUACUUAAACUCGAGUCGAUUGAUGGUAAUAACACCACAACAUUAACUCUCGAAGAAAUCACAGCAUUACGUCGCGAAUUAUCUAACUCUAAGUCAUUGGUGGAGCAACAUGAACAAACAAUUAACGAAUUACAUUAUGAAAAUGAACAUUUAACCAGAAAACGGGAUGAGCUUGAAAUUCGCCUUACAACUUUAGAACUUGAUGCACUUGCAGAUUUGAAGAGAGCCAAUGAAGAAUUACAAUCUGCAAUUUCUAGUCAAGAAAUUAAACCAGAUGGCAAAAACGUUGUUGAAAAAGAAAAGGAUAUGGAAAGGAUCCGUAAAACAAUGGCGCAACAAUUGUCCGAUUUUGAUGUCAUGAAGAAGGCCCUUAUGAGAGAUUUACAAAAUCGUUGUGAAAAAGUUGUUGAACUCGAAAUUUCAUUAGAUGAAACUAGGGAACAAUAUAACAAUGUUUUGCGUAAUAGUAAUAAUAAAGCACAACAAAAGAAGAUGGCUUUCUUGGAAAGAAAUUUAGAACAACUUACAAAUGUACAGAAACAAAAAGAAGUUGCCAUUGCUGAAAGGAAACUUCAUGCAAGAAAUGAACGUAUCCAGGCUUUGGAAACUUUACUGCAAGAUGCACAAGAAAAACUCACAACACAAAAUCAAAAAUUCGAAGCUCAGUUACAAGCAGUUAGAGAAAGAUUGGAACAAGCAAGAUCCCAAAAAAGUAACACACUUGCUUUGAACUUUGGACGUAUUGCUAAACCUCUCCGGGGUGGCGGCGGUGUUGUUUCCAUGGGUCGUAAACAAGGAAAAGUGAAAUUUUUCAAUUGUCAAAAAGGCUAUGGGUUUAUUAUUCCUAACGAAAUUAUCGGUGAUAAUAGUAAAAUAGAAGAAGUUUUUGUGCAUUAUUCUUCGAUCUAUAAAGAUGGAGAAUUUAAAAGUCUUGCAGAGGGCGAAGAGGUUGAAUUUGAAUUGAUGCGAGGACCUAAAGGAUUUCAAGCUACUAAUGUUAGUGGCCCAAAUGGAAUUUCAGUUAGAGGUGCUGCACCUAGUUUUAAUGCAGCAAUAGCAAUUGGACAACCUUAUUCAAGUUUUCAUUCUACUUUUAUACCUCAAUCAGUAGUAUCACAACGAAACACAUCACCAACUUUAACAUCACAGCCUCAACAAUACCCUCAAAGAUAUUCUCAAAACCUUCAUUCUAAUAUUCAUCACCAUCAACAUCCACCGUCACUACAACAUUUGCCACAACAGCAACAUCAUCAUCUUCCAACAAACCAUCAUGUUCAUAUUCCACCACCGCUAUCACCACCAUUACCUCGUCCUUCCUCACAUUUAAUUCACUCUCACACUCAUUCAUCGUCACUACCAUCAUCAUCACUUCUUCAUCACCCAUCGGUUCCAGUUCCACCAACACUAGAACCUCAUUACACCACCGCCAUCGCUUCUUCUCCGCAAUUUACUAAUUAUCCACAACAUCUUCAAACCUUUCGAUCAACAUAG